UCGUAAAAAGUUCAGCAUGAAACCACUUUCUAAUUAUAACAUACCGUCAAUCGACUCAGAUUCUGCCGAAUUAUUUGUCCGUGAGAACGGAUUUUCUCUCGAUGGAAAGAGAUCUCAACGCAAGACACGAUCUUUUGCUAGUAAACUGCUUGAGAAGAUCGACGUGGAAAUUUUGAAAGUUGAAAAGUUAGAAAAACAGACAUCAAUCGCUGUGAUGGCUGUCCUAACGGAAACAACGACGGCUACUUACGAGAAAACCAAGAAAAGGAGCGCUUUAGAUAAUAAGGAGGCAGUCAGUCACAAUGUCGUCGCAGAAAUUAAAGAAUUGACGGGUGCUCUUCAAUCCGUUCGAUGCACAGAAUGCGAAAAAAAUAAAGCAAAAUGUGUUCAAAUCUACCCGUAUAUCUUGUGGCUACAAGUUCACCAGAAGGAGAAUCAUCACGCAGGUAUGCAGGACGACAAUGCAGCGAAGAAAAUUAAACAGGAAACUAUUGUUGACAAAACUUCCAAACCAAACACAUUGAAACCAGGACUAAAAGAUUUCGAAUCAUUACCAAAACUAAAGAAAGAACCCGUACAGGCAUCUCCGGUACAAAUAAAUGCUGCCAUGAACUUAUCUCUUUUUCAUUUGAUUCGCGAAUAUUCAGGCAACGACGCCUUGGAAUUCCUACAAUUCUGUACGGAGCGUAUGCAGGAAGAAAAUUGUUUCAAUGCACAGAUUCUAACUGUUGAGCAGGCCGACACCGAUUUAUGGCAUGAGUUGAGAAAAGGCCGCAUAACUGCCUCGAGAAUUCACGAAGCAUCCCGUUGUACAAUGCUGAAUGGUUCGCUAACAAACAAAAUCAUGGGCAUCAGCUCCGGUUUCUCGUUUGCUAUGAAGCGAGGUACUGAUUUGGAAGGUCACGUUUUAGCUGUACUCAAAAAACAGUAUCCAUCGCUGCGCAGCACCGGAUUGGUGUUGGAUCCUCAAUUUCCCUGGAUGGGUGCAUCGCCGGAUGGAAUAAGCGAUGAUUUCGUGCUGGAAAUUAAAUGUCCCUACACACCGAACACAUACCAAUGCUACAUCGACGUAAAGAAACUUUCCAAGAAGUAUUUUGCCCAAAUUCAACUACAGAUGCAUAUGACACACAAGACGAAGGCACUGCUUGGUGUAGCAGCGCUCGAUUUUGAAAAGACUCGCAACGUUACACAGGUUUGGAUCGACUACGAUCGAGAGUAUGUCAGCGCUAUAAUGGAGGAAGCAUUCGAGUUCUGGAAAAAAGGUGUUUUUCCUGCACUGCUAAGAAAACGCAAAAGUAAGAAGUAAUAGUAAUCUGCAUUUUACCUUUGUUUAACGUAAAAUCUCCUUUCUCUUGUCAUUAUUUUAAUACUGUCAUUUAUUUUCAUAUUGUCAUUUAUUUUCACUACAUGAUAUGCAUUUGUUAUUCAUAAAAAUCCAUGUUUGACUGCAGAGCAUACUGCAUUAUUG